AUGAAUGUCUUCCGCCCUUCAACAAGUCCUCCACCACUCGACCUGCCACGCAAACUCACCUUGCCAUCUGGUGAAUCGUUUAACCAUUGUUCUCUCAAGCAUUUCUCGAACAAGGGCAGCUAUCACUCCCAUGCACGAUAUAUUCAUUUUUAUGAAAUCGCUCACCUUGGUCCCCCAUCUUUUUACGAAAAAAAGGGGCACACAACAGUUGGAUACGGUUUCAUUGGCGACAUUUAUUGGGACUUAGGAGCCGACCCCGCUCAACUGUUUAUACGACGUAAAGAUGAAUGGGUGCUUUGGUCGGCACCCCAGCCGCCGACCCAUCCUAUCUUCUCGGAUCGUUGUCUCUGGGGAACGACGGACCCGUCACUCGAUCCUCAAGGUCGAUUCGGUUUCGGCUGGUUUCGUCUCGAUACUCUACUCAGCAGGGGCAUCCUUCUCAUUAAUUUUUCACAUGACUUCUCCUCGCUGACGAAAGACAUUACAAAAGCCCUUCGUAAUAACGGAGGUGAGGGUGCUCAACUCUGGGCCGAUCCACAGACGCAAAAAUGGACAUCUUGGAGUUUUUUGGAGGGGGGAGGAUGGGAAGAUCAUGGCAGGUCGUCUAGUCCCCUCCCCGUGAAUAAUCGGCCCUCAACUUCGCAAUGCUAUAUGAAGGCUCCCUCGAGUUUGAUCCUUACAUUUAUUCCAGAUAAGAAUUUGUGGAUCGACGCCGAGAGAGGACGGAAAGAACUCGAAAUAAGGCUCCUUUUCUCGCCUUUCGCUAGUGCGAAACGAAAAGAUCGCAAGAAUACAAGACUACAGAAUGCACGACGAAAAGUUCAACUCGUCGUCACGUCCGUGACUCCUGGUCACAGACUUGUUUUCGAUCGCUACCGACAUCAUCCCCUAUCAACCCAAGUUUUGUCUCAGUGCAUUCGCAUAAAAUGGCUGAGAAAAUCGACAAUGUCUCGCAUGGCUGGGUCUCCAACUCCUCAGCCUGAGACAGGUAGAGCCGGUCCUAGCCUGCUAAACCCCGACUCCUGGAGAAAUAAUGCAAAUCAAACCCCAUAUUGGUUGAAGAGCUUCUUCACGACACACUUCAUCUCCGACAAGGCAGACCCUGACAUCUAUGCGUACGACCUGUCGCCCUCGAAUGGUCGCAGUGGCCGACUUAAAAAUUCCUCGAAAUCAGAUCGCCGCGUUUACUUCAACACCAUGCGCGGCUAUGGUCCACCAGAAAAUGACAUCGGGCUUCCCGGUGAUAUUUAUUGGGACUUGACGGCGUUUGAUAGGUAUGUGCUAUGGACGCGCAACCGUGAAAAAUGGGUUGUAUGGAAUUGGUCGGAUACAAAGCCGACCAAAACGCAGUUUGAACUCGUUAGCCACCCCUUUGUGAAGGGCCGUUAUUUAUGGGGGACACCAUCCCUCAAAUUGGGCUGGCGCCAGCCGAGUUGGUUAAGGGACAACUGCCAUGGCAUGUCGCAUUCUGAUCAUCAGGAUCCGCACAUGCUGCUCAAGGAUAUUCUUGUUGAAGAAGGGAGUGCACCAGAGGGCCGGGUGUCUGCGUUAAAUCAAGUUAGGAUGAACAUUGAGGAAAAUCGACGUAGAGUGUUGCUAGAAAACGCUUCUAAGAAAAGGAAACUUGUUCAUCAUCCGCCGCCAGAAGACCAAUCUCCUCCGCGAGCAGAUCAAGCGCCCUCACUCAAACCAAAAAAACGGCUACAAACUCAUCAACAAUUCCCCUCAGAUAGCGAUUCAUCCUGGACGCCGACUGUUGGUGCAAAGCGGCGAAGAACAAGCGGUGUACAAGUACAAACCGCGACCCCUAGAAGAAAGAUAUUGUCCACUCCCAUUUCCGCGUCUGUUUCACGAACUAGUAGUAGUUCCGAGUCGGCGCAAGAACCCCAGAACACUCGGGGCAAUGAGGAUCGAAGUACCAGUCAGUCAUCGCGCGCCUCUUCGCCACGUGCAGCGCGGCCUUCAAGUACACCUCCAACCAGUCCUUCUCGUCAGACCGCACCGGAAUGUGCUGUAGCCGAUCUGGAUCUUGAUGAUUUAAUCGACGCUGCUUGCGCAAGGACUAAGAAAGCAUUAAAAGAAAUGAUGCAGUUGGAAAGAAAGCAAUUGAAAAAGGCAGUGUUGGCUUAUUCGGAACGAAAUAAACGCGAAGCUGAGGAAAAGGUGAAAAAAGCUGAGGAAGACGCGAAAAAAGCUCGAGCGGAAGCUGCGGCAGCAAAGGAAAGAUUGGGACAAAUCCAUGGCCUGUCAGCCAAUAAAAUUUAA